CCCCUGUUGUCUCACCAGCCCCUGUUGUCUCCCCAGCCCCUGUUGUCUCCCCAGCCCCUGUUGUCUCACCAGCCCCUGUUGUCUCCCCAGCCCCUGUUGUCUCCCCAGCCCCUGUUGUCUCACCAGCCCCUGUUGUCUCCCCAGCCCCUGUUUUCUCCCCAGCCCUUGUCGUCUCCCCAGCCCCUGUCGUCUCCCCAGCCCUGUUGUCUCCCCAGCCCCUGUUGUCUCCCCAGCCCCUGUUGCCUCCCCAGCCCCUGUUGUCCCCAGCCCCUGUUGUCUCCCCAGCCCCUGUUGUCUCCCCAGCCCCUGUUGUCUCCCCAGUCCCUGUUGUCUCCCCAGCCUCUGUUGUCUCCCUAGCCCCUGUUGUCUCCCCAGCUCCUGUUGUCGCCCCAGCCCCUGUUGACUCCCCAGCCCCUGUUGUCUCCCCAGCCCCUGUUGUCUCCCCAGCCCUUGUUGUCUCCCCAGCCCCUGUUGUCUUCUCAGCCCCUGUUGUCUCCCCAGCUCCUGUUGUCUCACCAGCCCCUGUUGUCUCCCCAGCCCCCU